AUGAAUGGUAACUUGUUACCAGCUGAGGAUGCUCGAGGGAGCACCUUCCCUCAGUCCACUGCAGUGACAAGUCCGAGCUUAAGGAGCGCUCCUGCCUGGCAACGAAGACUCUCCGUGCUGAUUGGAUAUUGUGCCAGCCAAUGGCAGACCGCGUCCCGCUUGGGCGGGCGGCGCAUUUUGGCGGUUGCCGGGACACAGCAUAAACUUAACCCAGGUGGAGAGGGCUCCGCGGUGGCUGCUCCUCGAGGAGACGCGUUUGCAACUGAGGCAGAGACUCACCCCGCCGGAGGAGGAGGUUUAAAGCCAGCCAAGAUGGCGACCACAAAGAGAGCUUUGAGCUUUAGUGAAAAACAUCAGAAGUUAGUAGAUGAAAACUUUCGCAAAUCAUUGCACGUACAAGUCAUGAAUAAGUUAGAGAGGCAAGCCAAGAACCAGGUCGUGGAAAAUGAAAACAAUCAGAAAGUUGAACGCCAGAGAUUCCUCAGAGUGCUGCAGAAUGAGCAGUUUGAGCUGGACAUGGAAGAAGCCAUCCAAAAAGCAGAAAAGAACAAGAUGCUGAGGGAUCAACAGCUUGAACAGGAAGAGAGACUUGCAAACGAACUGGCCAGACUGAAGCACGAGAGUCUGAAGGAUGAGAAGAUGAGGCAGCAAGUGAGAGAGAACAGUAUUGAGCUCAGAGAAUUGGAGCAGAAACUGAAAGCCGCCUACAUGAACAAAGAGAGAGCAGCCCAGAUUGCUGAGAAGGACGCCAUCAAGUAUGAGCAAAUGAAACGUGAUGCCGAGAUAGAAAGGAUCAUGAUGGAGGAACACGAAAGGCUACUGAAGGAAGACGGUGCCAAGCAGGAGCAGCGGAACAGGGAGAGGGCACAGUACUACCUGGACCUGGAGAAGCAGCUCGAAGAUCAAGAGAGGAGGAAGCAGGAGGCGUAUGAGCAGCUGCUGAAAGAGAAACUCAUGAUAGAUGAAAUUGUCAGGAAGAUGUACGAGGAAGACCAGCUGGAAAGACAGCAAAAAUUAGAAAAAAAGAAUGCGAUUCAGAAGUAUAUUGAGGAAUUUCAGAGGGCACAAGAUCUCUGGAGACAAAAGAAGCGUGAGGAGAUGGAGGAAGAGAACAGGAAAAUCAUAGAGUUUGCAAACAUUCAGGAGCAAAGAGAAGGCGAGCGGAUGGCCAGAGUUCAAGAAAGCGAGGAGAGGAGAGUCCAGCGUCAGAACUUGCUGAUCAAGAAGCUGGAGGAAACCCUGCGGCAGCGUGAGGACCUAGAGCAAGUGAGGCAGGAGCUGUACCAGGAGGAGCAGGCCGAGAUCAUCAAACUGAAAGUGAAAGAAGAAGCAGAGCAGAGACUCAGGAGGCAGAGGGAGAUGAAGCAAGACUUUGAAGACCAGAUGGCACUGAAGGAAGUAAUACUACAGGCUGCCAAAGAGGAGGAAGAGACCUUUAAGAAAGCCAUGCUGGCCAAGUUUGCUGAAGAUGACCGCAUAGAGCUCAUGAAUGCCCAGAAACAACGGAUGAAGCAGCUGGAACACAAACGGGCCGUGGAGAAACUCAUCGAAGAACGCCGAAGCCAGUUUCUUGCAGACAAACAACGUGAGCUGGAGGAACUGCAGCUACAGCAAAGGCGGCAGGGCUGCAUCAAUGAGAUCAUUGAGGAAGAGAGGCUGAGGCUCCUCAAAGAGCAUGCUGCCAAGUUACUAGGCUAUCUGCCCAAAGGAGUGUUUAAAAAAGAAGACGAUGUUGACAUGCUUGGUGAAGAGUUCAGGAAAGCAUAUCAGAAGAGGGGUGAAGUCUGUGAAGAGAAGGGGUCUUCAUAGCAAGACUGGGCGAAACCUGGAGUUCUCAGAUGCUGCCACUAGAUGUCAGCGUAACUGCUGCUUUACAGUUGGUGACAGGAGGCCCUGGUCUAUCUGCAUGUUCUACAGCAUCCUCAUAUUUCAUCAUUUAUACAGUUAGACAGAUUAAACACAUUAGUAGUUUAA